CGCGAGCUCCCGGCCGCCGCACAGCAGCCCCGGCUCCCGCCGCCCGCGCAGGCGCCCGCGCCCCGCCGCCGCAGGAAGGAGCCGUCCGCGCCACCCGCACCAUGCCCCGCAUAGACGCGGACCUCAAGCUCGACUUCAAGGAUGUCCUGCUGCGACCCAAGCGGAGCAGCCUCAAGAGCCGAGCCGAGGUGGAUCUCGAGCGCACCUUCACGUUUCGGAACUCAAAGCAGACCUACUCAGGGAUUCCCAUCAUUGUGGCCAACAUGGACACUGUGGGGACAUUUGAGAUGGCAGCUGUGAUGUCACAGCACUCAAUGUUUACAGCAAUUCAUAAGCAUUACACCCUGGAUGACUGGAAGCUCUUUGCCUCAAAUCACCCAGAAUGCCUGCAGCAUGUAGCCGUGAGUUCGGGCAGCGGGCAGAACGAUCUGGAAAAGAUGACCAGCAUCCUGGAAACUGUGCCACAGAUUAAGUUUAUUUGUCUGGAUGUGGCUAACGGGUAUUCGGAACAUUUUGUGGAAUUCGUGAAACUCGUCCGUGCCAAAUUUCCCGAACACACCAUUAUGGCAGGGAACGUGGUAACUGGAGAGAUGGUAGAAGAGCUUAUUCUGUCUGGAGCAGAUAUCAUCAAAGUGGGAGUUGGACCAGGUUCCGUGUGCACCACCCGCACCAAGACAGGGGUGGGCUACCCCCAGCUGAGUGCAGUGAUCGAGUGUGCCGACUCUGCCCACGGCCUGAAGGGGCACAUCAUCUCCGAUGGAGGCUGCACGUGUCCAGGAGAUGUCGCCAAAGCCUUUGGAGCCGGAGCAGAUUUUGUCAUGCUGGGAGGGAUGUUUUCGGGCCAUACCGAAUGCGCAGGAGAACUGAUUGAGAGGAACGGACGGAAGCUCAAGCUCUUCUACGGGAUGAGCUCUGAAACGGCCAUGAAGAAGCACGCUGGAGGAGUGGCCGAGUACAGAGCCUCUGAGGGUAAGACUGUGGAAGUCCCGUACAGAGGAGAUGUAGAAAACACCAUUCUGGAUAUUCUCGGAGGACUGAGGUCUACCUGCACCUAUGUGGGGGCCGCCAAACUCAAAGAGCUCAGCAGGAGGGCAACGUUCAUCCGGGUGACCCAACAGCACAACACCGUGUUCAGCUAACCCCGAGGAUGAGAGGAAGUGACGUCGGCGCGAGUGGACGCUCCCACGCACACCUGCUUUUCCCAUCUCCCUCUAGUCUGGCUGCUCCAAACGGUGGAAUGCUGCAUCCUUCCUCCUCCCUGCUGUGCCUGGAGGCUUUGGGGCUCUCCCUCGUGCCUUCUUGGGGCCCAGACAAUGGGGCCAGUGGUCAGAGCCCAGCCACCUAGAACUCAUAACCUCAUUGUUAAAACCAACACUCGUACCUUUUUCUUUCUCUUUUUCUUCCUCCCUCCCUUUCUUUCUUUUUCUUUCUAUUUUAAAGGAAAACAGUUUCACUUUAAUAUAAUGCUAUUAUCUUAAGACUU